AUGAAAGUAAAUAUAUUUGAUAGUAAGAAAAAAAAUAAUAACAGGAAAAGGAAUAUCAUAAGAUCUGCUAAAUGGAACACCAAGAAUAACAACAUAGAAUUAUCUAAGAAAAAAGAUUCAAGUAAUAAAUAUAAAAGUAUUUUGAAGUAUUAUAAAAAUGAAAAUAAAACAAAUAAAUUUAUUGAUAAAAGGAAAAAAAAUAAAUGGUUUCAUAAAAAUAGGAAACUUGAAAGGAAAAAUAUUUUUAAUUUAAAUGAUGAUCUUUUAUUUAAAUCAAGACAUAUAAGUACAAAUGAUUUUAUACAUUCUGAUAAUUCGGUAAAUGAAAAUGAUCAAGAAAAUUUGAAUGAUAAUAAAAUAAAAAGGAAUAAGAAAUAUAAUGUUAUGUUGGAUAAAAUUGAAGAAAAAAAAAUAUGGAAAUUAAAAAAAUAUGAAAUAAAAGAAAAAUUACGUAAAUUUGAUGAACAUUUUGAUGAAAUUCAAAAAAAUGUUCUUGGUGUAAAUGGAACUAAAGGUGGAGCAACAAAUGGUGUUGUUAUAGAAAAUAAGAAGAAUAAAUUAAACAAGGUUACUCAUGAAUCGAGAGAGAAACAAGAUAUAAAGGUUGAUGCUUCAAAUAAAAGGGGAGGCACCGAAAAAGGAAAACAAAAUUGUUAUGAUUAUGAUGAAGAUGUAGAAGAAGAUGAUGAUGAUGGUGGUGAUGAAGAUGAUGAUGACGAUGAUGAUGAAGACGAAUUAGAUGAUGAAGACGAAUUAGAUGAUGAAGACGAAUUAGAUGAUGAAGACGAAUUAGAUGAUGAAGACGAUGAACAAUUAGAUGAUGAAGACGAUGAACAAUUAGAUGAUGAAGAAGAAGAAUCUGAUGAUAAUCAAAAUAUAUAUUCACAUGAUAAUCCAAUGUUCAACCAUGACAAGAAUGAACAUAAAAGUAAUUAUCUCAAAACAAACAAUGACUCACAAGAUGAAUUAACAAAUUAUAAUAGUUAUCAUACUGAUAAUAGUGAUAAUGAAGAAAUUAAUAAAUUAUUUAAUAAAGAAACAUUACCUUCGAAAAAAAAAGUGUCCAAUGAAAAUAUAUCAAAAGAGAAAUUAAAUGAAUUAUUGGAAAAAUACAAAAUUGGUGAUAAUAUAAAUAUAUGUAAUUAUUUUAUUAAUAAUACAGAAGAAGAAAAAGAAAAUAUACCUAUAUAUAUAUAUAUAAAGAAUAAAGAAUAUGAUAUAAAAGAUGUAAUAUUAUUACUUGAUGAUUAUAAUUUUGAAACUCAAGAAAAAAUUUUAUACAGAAUAUAUUAUAUAAAUAUGUUUAAUACAAAAGCGACGAAAAGUAUAUAUCACUUUUCUUUUUUUUUCUCAUUAAUUGAUUAUUUCAUAUUAAAUAUAUAUAAAUGUUUAAAAUAUAAUAUGAAAGUAUGUGAACUAUUAGGAUGUUAUGAAGAUAUAAUUGUAAAAUAUUGUCAUGAAAUGAAAGCUGAAUUUUAUUUAUAUAUAUCUUUUUUACUUUUAAUUGUAUUCUCUAAAAUUCAAAGAAAAGUAAAAACAAAUAUUUUUUUUAAGAAUAAGAAAAAAGUGUUACAAGAUUAUGUAAUAUUAAAUGAGCAUAAUGCAAAUAAGAAAAUUGAUGUAUAUAUAUAUAGAAGAAUAUUAAAAAGUGUUGAUAUGUUUACUACUAUAUUCGAAAAUUAUAAUAAUGAAAAUAUAUAUAUUUCAAAUAUUCAUUUUGCUAUACUAUUUUUAACAUUAACAGUUUAUCCAAUAAAUAAUUUUAUUGAUGAUAAUAAUAUGUCUAAUGUAGCAGAGAAUAAAAUAUUGGAUAAUGAAAAUGAUGUAAUAAUAAAUAAUAAUUAUUUUUUAGAUAUUAAUAAAAAUAAUAUAAGUGAUGAGAAAUUAUUAUAUAAAAUGAAUUACUUAAAAGAAGAUAUAAAUAAUAUAAACAAUAUAAAUAAUAUAAAUAAUAUAAAUAAUUAUAAUCAACAAAAACAUCCAAUUAUAUGUUAUAUUAUAGAAAUAUUGGAAUUCAUGUUUUAUAAUUAUUUUUAUACAAACAAUGCUAAUUUAUUACAUUUAAAGGAUUAUCAAAAAUAUGAUUGGGUAUUUCAUAUUAGUACGUAUGAAAAUUAUGAUAAUAUCGAAGUAUCUUUAAAAAACUUGGAGGUACACUAUUCAUUUAGUUGUUUUGAAAAUCUUAUAUGUGAUAAGAAUAAGGAAAGUAAAGAUUUUGAUCAUAAUGAAAUAAAUAAUCAAAUUGUUAAUGAUCUUGGAAUAUUUUAUAAUAAAAAAGAAUUCAAAAAUGCAAUGAUAUUAUUAAACUUGUAUAAUAUUAUUAUGGAAAAUACUUUAGAAUAUAAUCCUAGUUUUUUUUAUUUGUCCUUUAAAAUAUUAAACACCUUGUUGUAUAAUCAUAUAACAAGUGUUAAAGAGGGCAUCGUUGACAAAAAUAUAAAACCCAACGAAUUUGAAAAGGAAAAACAAAAAAUCCAAAAUAAUAACAGCAACAACAACAAUAAUAAUAAUAAUAAUAUGUAUGACAAAUUUGAUUUAUCUUUUAUUAUUUUUAGAAACAUAUUUUUCUUUUUGAAAAUUUAUAUAGAUAAUCAUAUUAAUAUAUACAUAUUAAUAAACCAUGUUAUUAUUCCAAGUUUAUUUUAUCUGUAUAUGAAUUUCUUAAAAUUUAUAGUCACAAAUAAUAUUAAAUUAGAUUUUAUAAAUAUUACUAAUAUUGCUAAAAAUGUUAAUAAUAAAGAUGGAAAUGAUUUCUCAUUUGAAGAUGAAAAAACAAAUGAACUGUAUGAAAAAUAUUUAAUUAUAUUAUUAUAUAUAUUUAAAUUAAUUGAAUAUUCACAACAUCAAGAUAUCAAACCAAUCAUACAUAAAACUACAACACAAGGGAAUAUUUCUUUCUUUACACCCAAAUAUGCAAAUAACCAAAAUCCAAAAGAUUUUAUUUUUAUGCAAAAUAAUCAAACCAAAUUGGCUGAAAUGAAAAGUAUUAAAAAAAAAAUCAAGCAACAGAGAAAGUUUGAUUAUAACGAGAUGAGGAAGGAGAAUAAUUAUAUCUUGGCUCUAAAAGCUAAAGACGAACGAGACCGAAAAAGAAGAAACCAAGAAAAAUACAAGAAAAUUAAAAUGAUGGCACAAAAAGAUGUAGAAGAAUAUAACAAAAUGAAAACUUAUACACAUUAA